UUUGGUUCCGUCCACCAUGAACACGAUCUUCAACAGGUUCCGUAAUUUAGACGCGUACCCAAAAGUCCACAAAGAAUUUUAUAACCGCACAAUCACCGGCGGUGUCAUCACUGUUGUAUCGACCAUCGUCAUUGUUUUUCUUUUCAUUUCCGAACUAAGUUUAUACCUUCAUACUAACACAGAGACUAAGCUUUUGGUGGAUACUUCUAGAGGAGAAACCCUAGACAUCAAUUUUGACGUCACUUUUCCUUAUGUUAGAUGUUCGUUGCUCAGUUUAGACGCAAUGGAUAUUACUGGCGAGCAGCAUCGUAAUAUAAGACAUAAUAUCCUGAAAAAAAGAAUUGAUGCUCAUGGUAACGUGGUAGCAAUGAUGCAAGACGGAAUUGGCGCCCCGAAAAUCCAGAUGCCUUUACAAAUACAUGGUGGCAGAUUAGGGUACGACGAAGAGUAUUGCGGUUCUUGUUAUGGUGCUGAUGGCAAUUGUUGUAAUUCUUGUGAAGAAGUUCAAGAAGCGUAUAACAAAAAGGAAUGGGCGUUGCCGGAGAACUUGGACUUGUUUGAUCAGUGUCAAAGAGAAGGGUAUGUUCAGAGGAUAAAGGAUGAAGAAGGUGAAGGAUGCAAUAUUCAUGGAUCUCUUCAAAUUAAUAAGGUUGCUGGAGAUUUUCAUUUUGCAAUUGGGAAAAGUAUUCUUAACCAUUCAACUUCUUCGUUUCUUGUUGAUUUGCUUGCUUUACGAGAUAAUAAUCAUUUUAACAUAAGCCAUCAAAUCAACAAAUUCAGUUUUGGAGCCCAAUAUCCUGGAUUAGUAAACCCUCUUGAUGAUGAUGAUGCAAAAUGGGUGCAAGGACCUGUUCAUGGACAUGGAAUAUACCAAUAUUUCAUCAAGGUGGUUCCGACAAUAUACGAAUAUGUUACAGGUCAUGUUAUCUAUUCAAAUCAGUAUUCUGUGACAGAACAUUUCACGAAUACAACAGAGCAAGGUUCAGUUCCUGGAGUAUUCUUUUCUUAUGACAUAUCUCCAAUUAAGGUUAUUUUCAAAGAGAGCCAUACUCCUCUUUUGCAUUUCUUGACCAACAUUUGUGCAAUUAUUGGAGGGGUGUUCACUGUUGCUGGAAUAUUAGAUUCAUCCAUAUAUUAUGGUCAGAGAAAAAUCAUGAAGAAGGUGGAGCUUGGCAAAUAUAGAUAA